UUUAUUCUCUGAACAAAUCAUAAUUGAUAACAAUGUCUAAUGGGAAAUGGAUUUAUGUCAUGUUCAUGAUUUUGAUGAUUACAUCGCACACCCGAACAGAUGAUGAUGCCACAACUGAUGAACUUCAAAAAUUGAAAGUGUAUCAUCCGCCAAAAGAUAAAAUCUGUGCAAAAGAACUUCAUACAUUUAUAGAUUUAAACACAACAAUAGAAUCGUAUAUACUGGUAAUGGGAAAAACAAAAAAGCGAGUAUUAUUGAUAACAAAGAGUUUAUUUGUAUAUGAUGUUCCACAUGAUUUCUUCGAUCCUGUUGGAGUCGCGGUAUACUUAAAAUAUAUGCCAACACCAAUGAAGGAUAAAUAUCCUGUCCUGUAUUAUGAUCCCCUUUUUCAAAGUAUCAAAAAUGAAAUUAGUGCAUGGAUUACGUAUGAUAGUGAUGGUGAUUGGAUUUGUAUGACUAGUAAUGACAGUAAACAGGGAAUCAACUAUAAUAUCGAUAAAUCAGAAGUACAUAAAGGAUUUGUUUUGAGUGGAGAAUGGCCAGAAACAUUGAUACCAACUCAAGAACCAUGCAAAUUCUAUUCCAUACAAAGAAGAAUAGAUAAGGUAAAUAUUAUUAGUACCACCAAAACGGCUCUUUGGCUUACUGUUUACAAAUGCAAAAAUGGUGAUCGCAUAAUCAACUCGAAUGGAAUAGAAAAAGUGACAGAUUUUAGAAUGCUUUGUUAUAAUGGAUUUGAUGUUUGGAUAACAAAAGCGAAAAAGUGUGAGAGAUUUCGUGCAUUAGAAUGGCCAUUUGGGUCCGGUUUCGUGUGUGAUGGAAAAUUUUUUAUAAUCGGGGUUGUUGCUGUUUAUGUAUUAAGCGAGAAUCUUUUUAAUCAGGCAGGAAAAUCAUUUCCAGGGGGUGAAUAUUAUCCACAUCAUUUCUACAAUUGUACCGGUAUUAUUCCGCCCAAUAAAGUAAUUUUCAAAUCAUAUUUUUAUUGGAUAAUUGCCGCAAUAAUAUUAUUAGUAAUAAUAAUAAGCAGUGUAUAUGUUGCACAUCGAUCAUUGGCAAACAGAAAAAAGACCCGUUCCGGUUUGGAGAGAUCAAGCAAAAUCAGUUUAUCAAAAUCGUCCAUAAAAGUAGCUAGUAAACGGAGUCUCAAAAGUAAAAGCAAAAGGUUGCCAGAUACGGGGAGGACAGGAGGACAUGUCUUCCUUUCAGAGCUUUUUUCGCAAGGAUUACCCAUAAGAGCCAUUUAA